GGGGUGCUGCCCCCCUGGGUGUCGGUGUCGCUGCGCGGGGCCGGGGCCGGAGCGGGAUCGGGAUCGGGGUUGGGAUCGGGAUCGGGAUCCGGAUCGGGGCCGCCGCUGCCAUGAAGGACGUGCCGGGCUUCCUGCAGCAGAGCCAGAGCUCGGGGCCGGGGCAGGCCGCCGUGUGGCACCGCCUGGAGGAGCUCUACAACAAGAAGCUGUGGCACCAGCUGACGCUGCAGGUCUUGGACUUCGUGCAGGACCCGUGCUUCGCCCAGGGAGAUGGGCUCAUCAAGCUUUAUGAGAACUUCAUCAGUGAGUUUGAACACAGGGUGAAUCCCUUGUCCCUCGUAGAGAUCAUCCUUCAUGUAGUGAGGCAGAUGACAGAUCCCACGGUGGCCCUUACUUUUUUGGAGAAGACUCGAGAAAAGGUAAAAAGCAGCGAUGAAGCUGUCAUUCUGUGUAAAACGGCCAUUGGGGCCCUGAAGCUGAACAUUGGAGACCUGCAGGUCACAAAGGAGACCAUCGAGGAGGUUGAGGAGAUGCUGAACAAUCUCCCCGGGGUGACUUCAGUUCACAGCCGCUUCUACGACCUUUCCAGCAAGUACUACCAGACGAUUGGGAACCACGCCUCCUACUACAAGGAUGCUCUGCGCUUCCUGGGAUGCAUCGAUGUUAAAGAUCUGCCAGUGUCAGAGCAGCAGGAGAGAGCCUUUACCCUGGGGCUGGCAGGGCUCCUGGGAGAAGGUGUUUAUAACUUUGGGGAGCUGCUCAUGCACCCUGUUCUGGAGUCCCUGAGGAACACUGACAGGCAGUGGCUAAUUGAUACACUUUAUGCCUUCAACAGUGGUAAUGUGGAGACGUUUCAGGCUUUGAAGUCAGCAUGGGGGCAGCAGCCAGAUCUGGCCGCAAAUGAAGCACUUCUGCUGCAGAAGAUUCAACUUUUAUGUCUUAUGGAGAUGACUUUCACCCGACCAGCCAAUCACAGGCAACUCACUUUUGAAGAGAUUGCUAAGAGUGCCAAAGUGACUGUGAAUGAGGUGGAACUGCUGGUGAUGAAGGCGCUGUCAGUAGGCUUGGUAAAGGGCAGUAUUGAUGAAGUGGAUAAGAGGGUGCACAUGACGUGGGUGCAGCCACGUGUGCUGGAUUUACAGCAGAUCAAAGGGAUGAAAGAUCGCCUGGAGUUCUGGUGCACAGAUGUGAGGAGCAUGGAGAUGCUGGUGGAGCACCAAGCCCACGACAUCCUGACAUAGAAACCCUUGCACUACCCUGGGACAGUAACUUCUGCUGCUGCUGCUAGCAGCACUCAGACCACUGACUCUGUACUGAAUUAUAUGGAAGGGGGGUGGGUGGGCGGGCAGAGGGGAGAGCAGCUUUCUGAUGCUUGGUCGGAGGAGUAAGUGGCCUUUUGCAGUGUAACCCUUUGGUGCUUGGAGUCAAGAUUUCCCUACGCGCUACCAUUAGUGGCACUGACCGUGGGAGCUCCCGUCCUGCUCUCGUAAAAAAGUGGCCACGGGCUCCACAGUGGUUUAUUUAUCAGUUUUGCUAUCAGGCUGUUGCUGGGAGGAUGAUGCUGGUUGCAUGUUACGGGGGUGGAGGUUAUUUGCCUGGUAAAGGGGUAGCAGAAGCUCCUCUAUUAAAGCGUGCUAGAGAGGUGCCUGAUCACUGUAUGUGGUAUUACGUAGUGGUACUGGCCUUAGGAGGGCGUGACCUUCCCUCAUAUCCUCUCCCUCUGUGCCCCUGCAGCAGCCCCAAGGCAGCAUUGCUGAAAUCAUCUUUCUCUUUUUGCCCCCCUUCUCCACAACCCCUCCUCCUCAUUUGCAGUAGAGGGAGUGUUUACUCCAUCAAAGGGUUUUUUCCAGGAUUGCCGUUCAGUGGAUUUGGUUUUAUAUACUUCUGGGGGUUGUUGUCUUUUAUGAACACUUUGUGCUAAAGCGAGUUGCAGCAGUAUUGCUGGAAUAAAUGUCUCUGCCUUCCCUUUUCUUGUA